AUGAAUCAAAUACAUCAUAUUAAUAAUCAAACAUUACCAUCAGGAGAGACGACCAGUAUUAAUAGUGGUGGUAUUUCUUGCAAUAAUAAUUCACCAUUUACUCCAUUUAAAUCAGUAUUAUCAUCACUAUCAAUAAAUUAUACACCAUUAAAUAAUGAAAAUAAUGAAAAUCAAUAA